AUGCCACCAACUCGGAAUGUUUUCGACAGAUUGCUGCGCCUGCCUGAGCCGACCGGCACGCCCCAAGGCGCCAGGCCCCCCGCAGCCCCCGCGGCCCCAGGUCCGAGCCAAUGUCGUGACUCACCAUGCUCCCCGCCCCGCAAGACAAACAAACACGCGCGGGGGCAGGAGCGCGUUAUUUCUGAAUGGACCCCGCCCCGAUACGCCAUUGGUCAUUCCCAACCGCUCCGCCCCCCCGGCCCCGCCCCCGGCGUCCCCACUGGCUGGCGUGGGCGGGGCGGCGCGGGGUCGCCGAGCGGACCGCGGAGGCCGCGCAGCUACCCGCACCUGGAGGGCGACGUGCGCUGGCGGCGCCUCUUCUCCUCCACCCACUUCUUCCUGUGCGUGGAUCCCGGCGGCCGCGUGCAGGGCACCCGCUGGGGCCACAGCCCUGACAGCAUCGUGGAGAUUCGCUCUGUCCACGUGGGCACUGUGGUCAUCCAGGCUGUCCACACCGGCUUCUAUGUGGCCAUGAACCGCCGGGGCAGGCUCUAUGGGUCGCGGGUCUACACCCGCGACUGCAGGUUCCAGGAGCGCAUCGAGGAGAACGGCUACAACACGUAUGCCGUGCAGCGCUGGCGCCAUCGCGGCCGGCCCAUGUUCCUGGCACUGGAUGGACGCGGGGUCCCGCGGCGCGGUGGGCGGACGCGCCGCCACCACCUGUCCACCCACUUCCUGCCGGUGCUGGUGUCCUGA